GAGGAAGAGAGCAUAGAGCCCUCAGAGGAAGCGCUGGAAAAGCUGCCUCCUGCAGCUCCUAGAGCUCAAAUACCGAUGCCUCACAAAAAAGAACAAUUUGCCAAUAGAUGUUCCCGAUCGAAAGAUGUUUCCACUCUACUGGUCCCCAGACAGACAUGGAAAUGAAUAUCCCCCGAUAAGAGGAACACCAGAUUGUGGACCUGGGCGCUAUGACACCUAUCUUACAAAUAGUUUGAUUGACAACUUAGAAAGGAAACCGGAGAGUAAAAUGGGGUACACUCUAGGGGCAAGAACGUCAGUUCGAUUUCUGCCAAAGCUGACUAUAUCACCUGGUCCUGCAGUAUAUCAGAGAAGAUUGGGAAGGGACCGAACUUUCAAGCCUUCCAGUGCACCAUUUGGUUCUUCAACUCCAAGAAGCAGAGAGAGUUCAUUGAAUAAAUUGGUGGUUCCUGGCCCUGGUACAUAUCACCCUAAUGAACAAAGGAACCAGCAUGUAACAUGGCCGAUGAAAUUUGGUGCUCCAGACUGGAAUUUGGUUCCUGCUCCAAAAAAGCGAACAUUGAGAAUUGAGAUCUCUAUGACUCGUCUUCAGAACUUCCGUCUAAAUAAGAAUUAUACCAGACUGAAAACAUCAGCUGUUUCUCGUUUCCAGUGUUUUGUAUUUAUCCUGCCAAGAACUAAGUGGUUUAAAAUAUUACAGAAGAGAUUUCUAAUCAUUCUGAUAUUAAACACUUGUAAUAUUUGACCUAAGAGUUAAAUCAUGUGGCUCUUGAGAUAACAUGCAAGCCUUUCUGAUUUCACGAAUGAUGCCUUACCAAAAUACAACUGAGGUCAUGCAAACCUAGGAACUCAAGUUUGAUUAUACUGACUUUGUAUUAGGCUGGUUAACUCUGCUGAAAUGGCAC